AUCAGCGGGAUGUUAGAUUGCCAGAAUGCCAGUACUAGCCUCCAUUUUUAGAAAGAAUUUGGGAGUCUCUCAUAGCUCUCAAAUCAAUCUUAUGGGCUUCUGACCGAAGAAGAAGGCUUAAAGAGAGUAUCGUUGCCUGUCUGUUUCUCCAGCCGCCUGUAUUCACCGGCGUCUGUGCUAUUUUUAGUGCAACUUUGUUUUUUUUCCCCCCCAACGCAACCUGCCCUCUGUGUUGCGCAUGUCAGUAGUCCUUACAACUCAGCCUUGGAUGACAAAUAUUUGCAGAGUUGGGGGUCCCUUUUUUCUGUUGGAGGGAGAGUUACCUCCUUUUUGCAUGUAGACUCUGUGGAUGCAACUGCUUCAAUACCAGCUCCUUCUGACUUUCUCCUUAACAACUCUCCUAGGCAUGUCUGUUUUACUGAUUAGAUUGUACAGCUGUUGGAAAAUAGCUGCGACUGCCUCUGCUGUAACUAUUAUGGAACACCCAAGCCUCCCAGCCAACCCCUCAGUGGGAAAGUGAACAAUACUGAUGCUUUGCAAAACCUGCAGUCCGGCUCCAAGCAGUCCACCCCCAAACGAACCAAGUCUUACAAUGAUAUGCAAAAUGCUGGCAUAGUGCAUACAGAGAACGAAGAGGAGGAGGAUGUUCCUGAAAUGAACAGUAGCUUUACAGCAGACUCUGGUGAACAAGAAGAGCACAACACACACAGUAUAAGAGAGACAGCUCUCCCAUCUGUGCAUAGCAGCAUCACCAUCAUUCCCACCACGGAACCUUCUCAGAAGCUCCCUCAAUACCUACCUCCUUGUGCAGAGGAAAACUUGGGCCCUCUGCCUGAAAACUGGGAGAUGGCCUAUACAGAGAAUGGAGAAGUCUACUUCAUAGACCAUAACACUAAAACGACGUCUUGGCUAGAUCCACGGUGCCUGAACAAACAGCAAAAGCCUCUAGAAGAAUGUGAAGAUGACGAAGGGGUACACACGGAAGAACUGGACAGUGAACUAGAAUUACCUGCUGGCUGGGAAAAGAUUGAAGAUCCUGUAUACGGUGUCUACUAUGUAGACCACAUCAACAGGAAAACACAAUAUGAGAAUCCAGUUCUCGAAGCUAAACGGAAGAAACAACUUGAGCAGCAGCAACAGCAACAGCAGCAACCACCACCACAACCACCACAACCAGCCGAAGAAUGGACAGAAGAACACCCCCCUCUUGCUCCUCCUGCUGUUGCCAACCAUGCUCCCAACAACCAAGAAACUGUUCGAGAACCUCCAGCUCAAGCAGGGAAACCAUUUUUCACACGGAACCCAUCUGAACUGAAAGGAAAAUUCAUUCACACAAAAUUAAGGAAAAGCAGUCGGGGGUUUGGUUUCACUGUUGUUGGUGGAGAUGAACCAGAUGAAUUUCUUCAGAUAAAGAGUUUGGUGCUUGAUGGACCUGCAGCUCUAGAUGGCAAAAUGGAAACAGGUGACGUUAUUGUCAGUGUGAAUGACACCUGUGUUCUGGGCCAUACACAUGCUCAAGUUGUAAAAAUCUUCCAAUCAAUUCCCAUUGGUGCCAGCGUGGACCUAGAACUGUGCCGAGGCUACCCUCUGCCUUUUGACCCAGAUGAUCCCAACACCAGCCUGGUAACAUCUGUGGCCAUUUUGGAUAAAGAACCAAUCAUUGUGAACGGGCAGGAGAACUACGAUUCCCCAGCAAGCCACGGUAGCAAAACGGGGAAAGUCAAUGGGAUGAAAGAGCCAAGGCCUAGCAGUCCUGCUGAGGUUUCUUCCAAUGGAUCCCACAGCUAUCCUAACGACACCGUCUCUUUGGCUUCUUCUAUAGCAACGCAACCUGAACUCAUAACUGUACAUAUAAUUAAAGGGCCAAUGGGUUUUGGCUUUACUAUAGCAGACAGUCCUGGGGGUGGGGGACAGAGAGUGAAGCAAAUUGUUGACAGUCCAAGGUGCCGAGGGCUAAAAGAAGGAGAUCUUAUAGUUGAAGUCAAUAAGAAGAAUGUGCAGAAUCUAACUCACAACCAAGUUGUGGAUAUGCUGAUCGAAUGUCCUAAAGGGAGCGAAGUGACGCUGCUCGUGCAACGAGGAGGACUGCCAGCCCCAAAGAAGAGUCCAAAGUCGCAACCACUGGAAAGGAAAGACAGCCAAAACAGUUCUCAGCACAGCGUGUCCAGCCAUCAUAGCACACACACGGCUUCACCUGUCCAUAGCACUCAGGUGCUUCCUGACUACCCUGCCACUGAAGCACCAGCUGUGGACCAACCAGACAACACUGGACAGAAGAAGCCAGAUCCAUUCAAAAUCUGGGCCCAGUCCAGGAGCAUGUAUGAAAGCCGACCUAUGUCACCUUCUCCUGCGACUGGACUGAGCAAGGGUGAAAGAGAGAGAGAAAUCAAUUCCACGAAUUUUGGAGAAUUUCCAGAUUACCAAGAACAGGAUAUCUUUCUGUGGAGAAAAGAAACUGGGUUUGGAUUUAGAAUUCUUGGUGGAAAUGAGCCUGGAGAGCCUAUUUACAUUGGUCACAUUGUGCCACUGGGUGCUGCAGAUGCAGAUGGUCGCCUGCGAUCUGGAGACGAAUUAAUCUGUGUAGAUGGAACACCUGUUGUUGGGAAAUCUCACCAGCUUGUAGUCCAGCUUAUGCAACAGGCUGCUAAGCAAGGCCAUGUGAAUUUAACUGUCAGGCGUAAAGUAGUGUACACAGUUCCAAAAGCAGAGAACGAAGUUCCUUCUCCAGCCUCAUCUCAUCACAGCAGUAACCAGCCUGCUUCUCUGACGGAGGAGAAACGCACUCCCCAGGGCAGCCAGAACUCGCUCAACACAGUCAGUUCAGGCAGCGGCAGCACCAGUGGAAUUGGUAGUGGAGGAGGUGGUGGCAGUGGAGUAGUCAGCACUGUAGUGCAGCCGUACGAUGUAGAAAUACGGCGGGGAGAAAAUGAAGGCUUUGGCUUUGUCAUUGUGUCUUCAGUUAGUCGGCCAGAAGCUGGAACAACUUUUGCAGGCAAUGCAUGUGUGGCCAUGCCUCACAAAAUAGGUCGGAUUAUUGAGGGGAGCCCAGCGGAUCGCUGCGGGAAGCUGAAAGUGGGGGACCGGAUACUGGCCGUUAAUGGAUGCUCCAUCACCAACAAAUCCCAUUCGGACAUCGUCAACCUAAUUAAAGAAGCAGGAAAUAUGGUUACUCUGCGCAUUAUCCCAGGGGAUGAAUCCUCCAAUGCAACUUUAUUGACCAAUGCAGAAAAAAUUGCAACAAUUACAACCACACAUACUCCCCAGCAAAUGCCACAGGAGACCAGCAGAAAUAACACAAAACCAAAGCAAGAUUCCCAGUUUGAUUUCAAACCACCGACAACUUCACAGACGGACCAGGAUUUUUACACUGUUGAACUUGAAAGAGGAGCCAAAGGUUUUGGCUUUAGUCUACGAGGUGGCCGAGAAUAUAAUAUGGAUCUCUAUGUUUUGCGGUUAGCAGAGGAUGGUCCUGCUGAGAGAUGUGGAAAAAUGAGGAUUGGUGAUGAAAUCCUGGAGAUCAAUGGAGAAACAACAAAGAACAUGAAGCACGCUCGAGCCAUAGAACUAAUUAAAAAUGGUGGCCGUAAAGUUCGCCUAUUUCUCAAACGAGGAGAUGGCUCUGUACCAGAAUAUGACCCCAGCAGUGACAGGAACAGCCCAGCCACAGGUUCACAAAAUGUAUCGGAAGUGAAAAACAUGCCAUCUGACAGACGACAACACUCAUCAUUGGAGCCCAGUUAUCCACCAGAUCUUCACAAAUCAUCACAACAUGGAGAAAAGAGGAUAUAUUUUAAGGACCUAAAAAGCAGCAGAGAGUUUGGCAGACAAUCCAAUGACCACCAUACAUGGAACGGAACUUCUAAAAACAGCAAUAGCAUAACAAGCAGGAGAAAAGACCGGUCACCAGAAGGAAGGCGAGACAGACAACCAGAGAGAAUGGUGGUGAUCAAUGGACAGAAACGGAAAUCUCCUGAAAAGAGGAGGGAAGGCACUAGAAGUGCUGACAAUACACUGGAGAGAAGGGAGAGGCAUGAGAAGAGGAGAGACUUUUCUCCAGAGAGACGGAGAGAGAGGUCACCAACCCGUAGGAGAGAGAGCUCACCCAGCAGAAGGAGGCGGUCACUUGAAAGGCUGAUAGACCAGAAGAGGUCACCAGACAGAAAGAGAGAGGGCUCACCCUCUGAAAGAAGAGCAAAAUCAACUGACAGGAGAAGGGAGAGGACCCCAGAACGGAGGAGGGAGAAAUCUCCUGACAAAAAGAAUAGAGAGCAUAGAGCUGGCUUCAGAGAGAAGGAAGAGCACACUCUGAAAUAUGACACUAUUAAAAACAACAGGCACCUCCCUGAGCAAAAACGGCGACCCUAUAAAGAGUGCAGUACUGACCUCAGUAUCUAAUGCUUUUUGCCAGCCCAGGAUACUGUUUCGCCUUUUCCAACAUGAAGAGUUCCCAAGAAGGAAAGGAGCAAACCUGGAAUCUUGUUUUAGUUUUUGACAUCAGAUGCCUCCAGCAGCAACAAUGCCGAUGAAACCUGAUCUGUACAAAGUCGUGCCUGGUGUAUGACAGCACUAAAAUAUUUCCAAUGUAUUCAUUAAACGUACUUGCCAAAUGUUCAUCCUGAAGGAUUAUGAAAGCUGUUUGCUCCCAUAAUCUAUAGUCAUAAUGAGCAUAAGUUUAUAUUUUUGUUGCUUUGCUGUUCCUUUCUUAGUUACUUGGGUGACAAGCAUGCCGUCUUAAAGAGAUUUGUAACCCAACCACACUGGCUUGUUCUUAUUGUUGAUUUGCUGCAAUGAUAUGUAGGAUUUUUCUAAAGAAUAGGUUGGAGGAAAGGGGGAGUUGUUAAUAAAAAUAAGAAUAACUGUGGAAAGAUGAUUCCACCCCCAUCACAAAUCGAUAGCAUAUUGCUAUUGGUAAGAUCACUAUUUGAAGAGAGUACUGUUGGAAUGAAAGAUAUUUAUGCAAAUCCAAGAAAUAAUGGUGUAGGAUGAUAAGGAAUUUAUAGAGUGUUCCAUGAACAAUGUCUACUUUGGGGUCUCCUUUCAAAAGGAAGCAAGGUGGCCAAGGACUGGUAGCCAUCAUGUAUUGUGUCCUGCACAGGAUAAACCAUCAAGUUUGUUUAUCUUGGCAACCCUUAAUAAUAUUUCACUAAGGCAGAACCACUGUGGUUCCUGUUCAACUGGCAGGACUAUGCAGAUGAAAUUGAUUAAUAUUAUUUACCUCCUUUCAAGGAAAAUUUAUGUUAAAGUUGGUUCUGGGUCAAUCUGCAUUCUGAAGAACAAACAAUCCUUUCAUAGACUAGGUUUGAAUGCCUAAAGGUGGGGCUGAACAUUUUAAUACUAGUAUUGCCAAAUGGAGCUACAGUGGUGCCCCACAUGAUGACGAUAAUUUGUUCGUGAAAAUCGCUGUUUAGCGAAAUCAUCGU